GCCCGGUAUGUGUUCCGCGGUCACCGACACAUUGUUUUGUAAACAGUAAUGCCAGAAGUCUCGAGCUAAAACCGCUAGGAUGCGUGACUUGGUACCUCCAAGAUGGUUUAUGUACCUGACUGCCGAGACGUUGUCUAACUUGAGGAGGAUCGAGCAUGAGGCGCCCUUGGGUGUGAGGCUGCGAAUGGCAAAUGAGGCCGCCAGUAGUUCCAGUGAGUUUAUGUGUAGGAAUGAUUCGUCUACUGACCAUCUGCCUCCUGUGGAUAUGGAGCCGCAGCGCGCGCCCCAGCUAUGUAAGCUUGCAUCCGACUCGAUUAUCAUAUCUGGAGUGGAACCGAAGAUUGCCCGUCCAUUCCAUGCUUCCAUGUGGGUCAGCCACCAGUCCAGUUCCUCCCUGGAUUCUUCGUCCAGCGUGAUGUUGGAUUCGUACGACUGACCCUUCCUUAGGCAGGAUGCUUUUAGGCGUUGUAGCGCCCGAUAGUGUAGCGGUCCCGGGAAGAUCGCCUGUAUAGAGGAUGCUAGUAAGCCGAUUACCCGAGCCAGUUGUCUUAGAGAAAUGUCCGAACGGUUCAUUAUCCUCCUGAUCUCCUUCUUGAUGUUGGACAUCUUGUCUGAAGGGAGGCACAGGAUUUGUUGUACCGAAUCGACUCGGAAUCCUAGGAAUUCCAUCUGCUGAGAGGGUUGUAGCACCGAUUUCUCCCAGUUCACUAGAAAACCGAGGUUCUGCAGGAGGUGAAGGGUCCACGACAGGUGUGACAGCAGAAGGGAUCGUGUCCCAGACAGUAUGAGGAUAUCGUCCAGAUAGAUAAUGAGGCGAAUCCCGUGUAAUCUGAGAAAUGCUACCACUGGUUUCAGCACUUUCGUAAAGCACCAGGGAGCGGAGGAGAGCCCGAAAGGGAGGCAACAGAAGCGCCAUUUCUUUGUGCCCCACCGGAACUGUAGGAGAUUCCUGUGUUUUGGUGCUAUCGGGAUCGUGAGAUAUGCAUCUUGCAGAUCGAGUUUCACCAUCCAGUCUCCUGGGAGAAGGAGGUCUCGGAGGCAGUGUAUGCCCUCCAUUUUGAAAUGCCGAUAUUGUAUGAAGGCAUUGAGGGGCCUCAGGUUGAUAACUGGGCGGACACCUCCGCCUUUCUUCGGCACCAAGAACAGGUUGCUUAUAAAACCUGGGGUAUCUAGAGGGAUUUCCUCUAUGGCAUUUUUGUUGUACAAGGUUUCUAUCUCCGUGGAGAUGAGGUCGUAGUGAGACUGUGGCAUGUGUGGCACACGCGGGAGGGAAACCUGAAAGGGAAGACCUGUCAAUUCUAGUUGGUAACCCUCUACAGUCUGCAGUACCCAACUGUCGGACGUGAUAGUGGCCCACGUUUGAGAAAACAAAGCCAGUCUGCCCCCCACAUUUAUAUGGGAAAAAUGGGGAAAAAUCGUACUCACCAUAAGGGCGUUUUCCUGGGGUUGUUCCUCUGCCGCCACGGGCAUUCCAAGAUCUUCCUCGAGAAGGGAAGAACGGGGUGUAGGAGCGUUCCUGGGUCUGUCUCUGUGUGUUGGAGGAGCCUCUGCCCGGUCUGGAGAAACCCCGGGGGUUGCGGCCGGAUAGACGGCUCCUACCUCUACCGGCCCCACCGAAAACCUUUUGGUGGAAUACCCUCUUCAUGGAUGAUUGGGCUUUAUCCAGUGCCGUGAAUGUUUUGACAUAGGAGCCCAGGUCUUUGACGAAGGAUUCGCCAAACAAGAGACCCUUAGCCGCGGCCCCUGGUUCAGAGGAGGCCAUACUAGCCAGCUUGGGUUCGAUUUUCAGCAGGAUGGCCUUCCUGCGUUCUGUUGACAUAGCAGUAUUGGCAUUGCCGAUCAUGCAGACCAAGCGUUGGAGCCAUCCAAACGCUACUUCAAAGUCUACUGGAGCCUCACCCGACUGAGCUGCUUCCAGCAGUUCGUAUAAUUUAGUGACAGGACCCAGAGUGUCUAGGAAUUUGUCCUGACAAUUACGGAGGGAGUAGUCCAGUCCCCUCUUGGCCUUCCAGCCUGUUUUGGCUAGAAACUGGGCUAUCUGAGGGUCCACUUCUGGGGUUUUUGCCACAGCAUCAGGGAUUAUGGGUCGGGGGCACUCCGCUCUCAAUUUAUUACGGCUCUCUUGAGAAAGGGACUUGCGUACCCUGAGGGCUAGGUAUCGGGCGAUGUGUUCAGAUGGUUCCCACUCGGCAGAGCGUGGGUGUCUUAGGUUGUCAGGGUCGAAUAGCGUGACCUCUUUAGGGUCACGGGUUGCUUCUGUCUCGGGCGUCCCUGCAUGAGCAGUGGUACGCGUUGCCGUCAAAGGGAACUGCUUUCCCUGGAGGCUUUCACCCUCUGAGAGCUCGUCCUCGUACGGGUCAGAGUACGGGGCGUCAGACCCCUCAUCCCCCUCCUCGUCUGAGUCAGACAGUAUAUCAUGGGCUCUAGCCCUUUUCCAGUCUCUGGUAGCCGUAGCUCGCCCAGAAGCUCUAUUGCGCGGUUGUUGCGCGCCAUCAUGGACAGCCUGAGGCAUGUCAGUCAGAGCAGGGUCAACCUGCAUGGGGGGGGGUCUUGUGAAUGUCUGCGUUUGGUUAACGCUUUGUGGCCUGGCUGCCUCCCUUCAGGAGGGAUAUGGGUCAAGGCAGGGGUAGGGUGAGGUUGUACCUGUUUAAGCGCUUGCGUGAUGGAGUCCGAGAUGGUAGAGGACAUCGCGCCCAUGGCUGAAGAUAUGGCCUUGGAAAUAGAUUUGGACAUGGUGGUGUCCAGAAGGGAUUGGAAUUCCUCAGAGCCCAUGAGCCCAGGGUCGAGCUGAGGAUCAGGAUCAGUAGUGGCCAUAGAGGGGCUAUGUUUGCCAGGGCAUUUGUCGCCAGAUUGCAUGAUGAGUAAAUAGAGUGCAAGUGAGAAAAAUAACAAAUAGAAAAUAGAGUGAAAUGCAGAGUACUAGGAUUGAUUAACCCAGGUACAGGAUGGAAAAGUACAGGGAGAUGGAAGGUUAAUACCAGGAAAAUAUAUGCAGAGAAAAAUCAAACUGUACUAGUAUGAGGGGGUUGCCGGAACGAAAUCCGGUGAGGGAGGGGUCCAACGGCACUGAAAACGAGUAGAGAAUAUGGCCGCCGCCUAAACCGGCGACCAGAAACCAAGAAAAUGGCCGCCGCGAGCUACCGCGCAUGCGCGGAGUCCGCGAGCGGCGGGAAACUAAGGGAAAGUGAAUCGCCGCGCGGACGAAAGUAGGUCCGGCCGGCGGUGAUGCAAAUAGUGCCGGGAAAUGCCGCGGGUUUCCCGAUGGGUCCCCCUGGCGAAAGACCGGCAGAUUGUGACCGGGGAGGGAGCCCCAACCGGAGGGAGGGGGCUGGACGAGGGAAAUAGUAAGAAUACUAGUUAACAGAGAGGGGCCGGUCACAGCAGAAUAAACACAGUACAGUGUAAGAAAAUAAGUGGGAAAAACAGAGAAAAAGAGUAAUAAACUGUCUAAAGAGUAUCCCCACAGUAAUACCACAAAGAUAUAAAUCUAAUAGCUAUAAAUCUCUGAAACAUCCCACAAUGUACACAUACAAAUGAAAUUAUGAGAGUGUACUUAUCUUCUGAGGGAGCAGCGAAGAAAGAGGAAGAAGCAUGGAGUGCUACACCUUAUAUACUAAGGGGGUGGAUACCUAUGAGCACUGUUCCAUAUGCUAAUGUUAUUGUUAUUUAUUUAUUUUUUCUCUCAUUUGCAUAUAUCUCUCUUCGCUGCUGAGGGAGAAUUAAAGAAAGAGAAGCAUAAUAGGAGCCUCCGUGUCUUUAAUAAAAUCCUAUUUGUAUUUUACUUUUUUUCACAGCACACCCACUGCCCCUCUAUACAGUCAGCAUACUAAUGUGAUUAAAUGGAAGUUAAUUUCAAUAUCCCAAGAGGAAAUCGAAAUCCCCAAUUCUGCACUUGAAUGGACUAAUUUGCAAGCAAUUCAUUGUUAGGACAAUAUGUUAAUUCCUACACUGCAUUGAAUACAGGUUUACAUUUGGAUAUUUGGAGACAAUAGUCACACUGGAAUUUAAUUUAACUUUGGAAAAAAAUCAAAAUAGGAGUGUUUUUUCAUAUAAUUCUGCCAAAAACUUGGGUUCCAGAGUUUUGUUUUACAAACUAUAUAAUGAUGCAAUCUAGUAAAAAAAAUUAAAAAUGGCUGCACUCGUGAAAAAUGCAAACACAAACUAGCAAACAUUAAUAUAAAUUGAAUGUGAACGUCUUUAGUAGCCACCAAAGCAGGAUCAAAUCAUAUCUUCCACAGGUGCUAUGGAACCUAGAAGCAGGAAGGCCUUAGAAUUUUGGUAGUUUCUAUAUAACAAUACAAUGACAUACAAAGAAAACACACCCACACCCUCAGAAUAACAAUAAUAGGCCUCAACCAAUAAUUAGCAAAUGUGCAUACACUUAUGUAUAUCUAAAAAAGAAAUUAACAAUGAGAAAAAAAACUAUGUUAAAAAAAAAUGCAAUCAUGCCAUACAUAUUGUUAUGUACAUCGGAUUACUCCAACCACCAUGACCAUCUGCUUCUUGAAGUUGUCAUGGUGGUCAAAACAUGGAUGUGCAGCUGCGUAAUGUCAAUUCUGUGCGUCUGUUGUCAGCGCACACUGCACACUGCCUACAGACAAAAUUGCUUCUCCCUUACUUAUUUUGAAAAUGCUCUUGAGCGCAUUAUUCUAUUCUACACGUAAAAGGGUUGCAGUAACCCUUUAAAAGAAUUGUCUAGGUCAAACAUUGUACCUUAUUUCAUGCUUUAUAAAGAUAGUGUUUAGUGAAAUGGGCUCUAUUUUGCUACUGGCUGAGGACAGAGAGGAAAGAGGAGGAGACAGCCUUUUGUCUAAUGUGUGUGCAUUGUAUACAGGCUGCACAUACAAAGAACAAAGCUGGUCUAUGGCAGCCCCAAGAAGACUGUGCUUUGUUUACCAUGGGGUGAGUUUUCCAUUCACUGCCAGUAUAACGCAGUCUCAUAAAUGGGAAUGGCCUCUGGGAAGUUUAAACACCAUAAUCACUUUGCAUUACUGCAAAGUAUUUAUUAAGCUUAGGUUGACUCCGUAAAUUAAAUAUUUACAUGGCUUUUUUUUUUUUUUAUCACGGAGUCUCCAAAAUAAAUGAGGAUGACAAAUAAAUUAAGUAUUUUUUCACUCAUCUAAGCUAUUUAAGUGAAAACGAACUGUGGUCAAUAUAAAACUCAAAUGCACAUUUUAGGACAGGGAUCUCAAACCUUGGCUCCAAGAUGUUGAUAGCCUACAAUUCACAGAAUUCUUUGAAUGCAAUAAAUGGCCAGUGAUUCAAGGGAGUUGUAGUUACGUCCAGACCACUUGAUCUCAAUGUGCUUGGAUUAUUUCUUAAAAUUAUAAUAAUAUUCUCGACAGACCCAGAGCACUUUUAUUUAGCAUUCUAAUAUAUGUGAUUAGACUUCCAGCAUUUAGAGGAUAUCAUGAAGUGUCUGCUCACAACAUACACUGUGUCUUUCAUGUUGGCACACCCAGGGCUUUAUUUAGUUAGUUGGAAAUUGUGGAACAAUGAUACAAGACCUCCAAUUUUUAUGUUUAAGUCGCUGAGCAAAAAACAAUGGUGGGAGGAUUUGGGCCCCAUGGCUGGAACAAUACACCUGGAACUGACACUACCCUGGGCACCACUUUGCUUGGACACACCCGGUAAAACUGUCUCUAUCAACACCAUGUCCUCCAAUGGAGAUGUGCUAGUUUCACUCAUGGACUGGCUAUAGUUACCUUUCUUGAUAAAUCUGGGUAGAGAAAUGGUAACUAUGCAUGCCAUACCAUUACCCCUUAACUUCUUAACUCCAUAGCCCUUCUGCUAAUUUUUUAAAUUACAUUUCUCUGCAAGUCCCCAUUCCGAUGUCUACCAUGUACUGAAACUCUUAUACCUUACCUAAUUGUAGCUGGAGAUGGAUCACUAGAUUAAUUAAAGAUAUUUGCUAAUCUAUGUACUAAAAAAUUCCUAUUCCCUUGUGGCUUCUGGUAUUAUGAAAAUUCAUUAACAUACAGUACAUUUUGUAUUUUGGUUUUCAAAUCACCACCGUUCCCUAUUCGGUAAAUAAAUUCAAAACAGGGUAUUUUUAUAAUACAACCUGUUAGUUAACUUUUUUGUAACAUAAAAAGAGUAGUCACUGUUCACAGCCCUCAGGCUUUAUGUUGAUAGAACACAACACACAUCAUGUUGAGGAUACAGGGUUCCACAUUUAAAUAUGUAUGCACAAAUCACAUAUAUAUAUAUAUAUAUAUAUAUAUAUAUAUAUAUAUAUAUGUAUAUAUAUAUAUAUAUAUAUAUAUCAAAAGAUAUUUCAGAUAGCACUCCCAGGACUUUGAAAAAGUAUAAAACUUAACUUUUAAUAAACGUUACAAAAAAAUAUCGUCGUUUCAGUCUGUUACUCACAGACUUUCAUCAGGACUCUGUUUAUAUAUAUAUAUGUGUGUGUGUGUAUCUAUCAUAUUCUCUGCAGGGUCACUUUGAGGGUUAUUCCAUGAAUUGAUGGGAAUUCAACAUAAAAUGUAACAUUUUAGAACUUGAAAAUGAGAGAAAUAUAAAUGUAUCCUUCCUGUAAUUUUUUUUAAAAUAAAUAAAUACAUUUUAGGCCAUACAAAUGUCACAAAAAAUAUCUCCAACCCAGCUCUACUAUUUUUCAGAAAUGUGACUAAAAUGUGAAAUUCAGCGCCUGAUAAUAUUAAGUGAAUAAAUCCGAGAUAAUUCCUGUAAUAUGGGAACAUCCUCACACAUAGGGGAUUAGUCACUAAACUAGGAAAAUACCAACUAACUGUAUAUAUUAGGUCAAUGUUACCAACUGGGCAUACAAGUGAGGUUUAUUCACUAAAAAGUGAAUUGCAACCAAAUGAAAUUCAAAGAGCAAAAAUCUAAGUUUUAAAAAAGCUGGAUUUGAAACAUGUUCCAACUCAGCUAUUGUUUCAGCUUGGCUACUAUAACCUGAUAUUCAAUUUUUUUUUUUUGUGGUGAAAAUAAACACCAUAAUUUAGACCAAAGUAAAUUAGGGGAAGAAAAAUAGACAAUUUGGGAUAAACUUUUUAAUUUCGCUCAUUUAUUUUAUUUAUUUAUUAAGCAUCUAAUGGUAGAGACCAGAAAUCCAAAUGGCAGAAAUCAGGCUGAAACAGCUGAUCUGAGGCUUUAAUUCAUAGAGAAUUUUCCCAGAUUGGAUGUUUCAGUUUACAUUUCGCCAUUUGAAUUCGGUAAACACUGGGAUAACAAUGGCUUCCAACCACCGCCUUUCCUCCCCCUCCCUCUCCCAUGCUGCACUGCGACUGCCCACACAGCUUGCCAUCUGGACGGCUAAACCGUAACCAGCCAAUAGCGUGUCGUGUGUAAGUCACGUGGGGGAGGCCGCAGCCAACCAGCCAAUCGCAGAGGAGGGAGGUUGACGACCGCAGUGACGCAACGUCCUUCGUCUGCCUCUUCUUCUGCGCGAGACGUUGCAGCGACUUCCAUUUUCAGAUCGUCUCCCGAGCAAGACGGUUAGUUCGAGCCGAUCGCCCUCUGUCAGCCGCAGCUUUACGUUUCUUCCGUUCAACGAGCAGCACAGCCGCCUUUCGCAGUCAUAGGUAAGUGUCCGUGUGGCCUCUCUGCGGCUCCGUGUAGCUUCGCAGCCCUUAAUCUGGGCUCGCUGAGGCCUAGUCUGCGGAUCCCUAACAUGGCGGCUCCUUUGUUAGCGAGUCACGCCCUGAGGCAGUGUAACCGCCAGCCCGCGUGCACUGCCGCCAUUUCAUUUCCUGCGCUCACACGGUUAGUCCCUGAACUCGGGGUUUCUUAUACGGUUAAUCCUGCCGGGUAAGUGAAGCAAAAAUAACCGAUUUGGAGAUUUAUUCUCCCUCGGAUAUAGUCGAAGCCUGGCUGUUUCGGCCUCAUUCUUUGCCUUCGAAAUAUGUGUAUGUAUAUAACUUUUUUAAAUGUAAAAGCCAUCGAUCACUAAACGCUUUCUUUGGUGCUCUCCCUCCCCCAGCAAUAAGACAAUAAGGUUUUUGAGUGACCUUGGCACCUCCAGGUUUUUCCCAUUACUUGCCAUGGUGCUUGGGUCAGCUUUUUGCUGGCAGAGCAUCGUAUGAACCCAAAGCCAAGGUUCGCUAGUUUUAUUUAUGUGUGUAUAUAUUCUUUUUUUUUUUUUUUUUUCCUGCAGCUCUCAUUUUGUCUUGAUUAGCAGUAGAUUGUAUAUUUAAAACCAGUAAAUGGUUAGAAUUGAAAUGAACAAACAAUUGCAUAUUGUGGGUCUUUUCUACCAAGCUUGUGGUCUAAAAUGGUUCUACCAAGGAGCCUUUAACAUAUUACAACUAACAAUGGCUUUCUGAUGGCAGGUUAACCUUUUUUGGUUAAUAGGUCAUAUUUACUAUCCAAAGUUGAAUAAACCUGUAAAAUGGAGCUAAUUUUGAGUAGCUUCUGCUGCUCUUAUUAAAUUGAAUUUUUUUUUUUUAAACUCUUAUUUUCUCCUACAAUCGACACCACCAUCUUAGAAUAUCCAUAUUGCAGAUUCCAGACAAUGCUUUAUUGGGAUGCUCUUAAACACGUGCAACGAAACACUGCACCAAAGCAUCAUCUUAUAGAGAUGUAUUGAAUCAAGGCAUCUGUGAGGCACACUGUCAGGAAGCACAUCUGUUGGAUGUCUGAGUGACUGCCCCUAAAGGUGCUACUAGGAACCAUUAUAAACACUAACUAUAAACAAAGUGUGUAGGGGCUGCCUGUAGACUGUUGUUCUGGUGACUAGUGUCUCUAUAGCAAAUGACUUUAUUUUCUCCUGGGAGUCUAGUAGAAAUUAAAAAAGUUUUUGUUCCCCUCUAGACAUGGAUCGUGAGUAUGGACAUGGUGGUUUUGGUCAAAGACCUAUGGACUCGUAUGGAAUGGAAAAAUCAAAUGACAGGUAACUUCUUGCAAAGUAUAGUGUGACUUGUACGUUUUUGUGAUCUUAGGAAUGUGAACUGUAUACUCUAUAGACAAGCUUAUAGUACUCAUAGCACAUCUGUUGAGAGAAUUUACAAUCUGUACAUGAUAUCACAUAGCAUGUUAGUAUUUUAGUACAAAUGCACUGUUCCUGGCACAGUGUUUUUUGCCUGCAUUAAACUGGAACAAUAUGACUUGUGCUUUAAUGUAACACUAAUCAUGUGUGCAUUUGUCUACUGGCAAAUACACUUGUUCCAUAUAGACUUUUUUAAAAUCACUAUGAACUAGGAAAUUCCUGUUAUACACUUGACAGAACUGGGGUUGAUUUAUUUUCUUUCUGUAAUAUGAAUUACUAGUGUCAGAUUUAGAAAUUACUAUUGGGAGCUGAGGUAAUGCAACAUGCAUAUGUUCAUAGAAUUAGAGAAAUGCUAUUAUUGCAUCUUUACAUUAUCAUAUUCUGAUAUGGAUGAAUAACAUAUAGAAUUGUUUUUCUGGGGGGGGGGUGCAUCUUACUGUUUCUCUUUUUUAGAAGUUCUAGUGCAGAUUUUAAGCAUUAUAUUAGAUCUUCAGAUUGUAAUGAAGAUAACUGUAUGCAUUAACAUGGCUUUACAAAUUCUACAGUAAAUGCAGAAUGGCAAGAUAGUGGCCCUCCCUAGUAUUAAAGGGAAUUUUUGUGAAAGAUGAAAGUGUUGUGCUAGUGACUUUCCUUUUAACAUACAUUAACAAAAUGUAGCUUGACCUCUCACUGAGAGGAGUCAAUAUGGAAUAUUUAGCAGCAGUUGCUAUGACUUUAACUUAAUGCAUAAUGUAAUUUAUUUUUCAUAUAUUCCCUUAAGCAGAAGGUAUCGUGCAUAGCACAACACUUCAUAGGUCUGCAUAUUGUAAUAGCUUUGUGGACAGACAAGCUUUUUUUAAACUAAAGACAGUACUCCAACUAUUCACUAGCUGUUAGCUAGUGAAUAUUUAGACCUGGUGACUCUGCUGUGCACCUUUCAGGCUUGCAGUGGCUAUUAACUUAAGGCAAUGCCAGUAGCAUAGGACUGAAAUUUUAAGCCCUGCUAAAGGUACACUGCUAAAACAUCCCACAGAUGAGUGGAUUGUUAAUUUAUGAUCUUAAUCCUCAAAACCAUGACACUUGUGUCCUAAAACUGUGUCUCAUGUGUAUAUAGUGUCUUUAGAUAUCCAGAUCUUCCUUGUUUGUGCCACCAAGUCAGCGUUUUAAAUUUUAUAUCCACUUAUCUGCCGAAUUAAAUGCAUAGGUUUUCCCUACAAAUGUAGAAAAAUAUCAUAUUAAAUGUGAUACAUGGAGCUUUGAGUGGGUUAUUUUUAAAUAAUAAAAGCAGCGAUUCAUGUAGAUCUUGACACUUGGGAAAUGUAUAUUAAAAAACCACCUUGUGUUUGUAUACAUAGGCUUCCACAAUAUCCCCAGACACUGUAUCCGACUAUUCAAAUAAACCAUGUUUUUUUUUCUUAUUUUCCUGUUACGUUCUACCAACAUUUUACCAAGCCCUGCAAAUAUAUAACUUAAAUUCAAAAUAUGUAAUCACUGACUUCACCACUUUAAGUGCCCGUUUAAAAUGGGGUUGGUAUUUUGAUAAUUUAGUUCCUGAUAUACUGACAGUGAACAGUUCCUUAAGCGCUUUUUUUCUCUGUAACUUGUAAUGUUUGGCCAGGCAAUUAAACAUGAAACGCUGCUUUCGUUUAUUCUAAACUCUGAAAAGAGGUUAGCUAUUGUACUUGCCUUGCUCUUUUCAACAUUUCUUAUAAAGUUGAUAAAUGUCAACUGAUGCUGUAUGUUCUGCAUUGUAUAACUGGUAAAGCUUACUUUAUUUUUCUCCUCACAUCAAUUUUUCCAGGUUUGGACCUUAUGAGUCUUAUGACUCCAGGUCUUCUAUGGGUGGGCGAGAUCUGUACAGAUCUGGCUAUGGUUAUAAUGAUCCCGACCAAAGCCACUUCGGAGAUAGUUAUGAUGGUCGAUAUGAAAACCCCUACCGGAAUAGCGUUGACUCUUUUGAAGGUAGAAACCAGGGCGGGUCUAGCUGGGACUCAUCUUUCACACGCUCAAAAGUGAGGACUGGGUUUAUGGAUGAAAGAGGAAGAGACAAUUACUCUUCCUACGGCAGUUUUUCUUCACCCUAUAUGAAGCCUGCGUCAGUAGGCUCACGGGGGAGAGGAAUGCCUGCGUAUCCCGACAGUGCGUUUGGCGGCAGAAGCAAUGAUGCUUUUGGAGGACCCUCGACAGGCAGAGGCCGUGGCAGAGGAGUAAGUACAGAAUCUUUUCAGAUUCUUUUUGAUAGUCUAUUUAAAUUAUUUAAAGACCAGAACUUUAAAAUGGCGUUAAGUCCAUAUCUAUUGUAAAGUCUUAUUUAGGCUAAUGCAAAAUGUCAAUUUGAAGUUGGCUUUUAAAGCAACUGCGCUUUAAACGUUAAAUUGUGGCAUUUUGCCUUAAAUUCUGUUUUGUUCUUUCUGUAUGAAAGAAAAAAAAUUAUAAUUAUGUUAAUGGUUACAAGGAUCUGUAAUUUUCCUUGACCUCAAAUAAGUAUUUAAAAUUUUAAUUACAAAAGGUUACAUGAAGACCUUUUUGAAGUUCUGAGUAGGUUGAAGGUGCAAUGCAUUAAAUAAAUCUGUAGCCAAUUAAAAUGGAAGUGCAGUAACUGUUCUGCACAUGUGGAUUCUGAAAAUGCUUAAUGCAUUCAUCAUGUGCUUUUUCCAAUGUUGGGCUAACUUCCCCCCUUCUGAAUUGACUGGUUUUCUCACUGAAAGCACCCCUUUUGCUUUCAGUCUGAAUAUUUUUGCUUUCAGUUAUUCAUGAGCUAUAGUCAUUCUAGUUUCAGUUUCGCUUCUCCAAGUGUAAACUUGUGUGAUUUUUUUUUUUUUUAAAUUUUAUUUUUAGAUAAAAUGCAUUGCACCUUUAACAUUCACAAUUUAAUGUUUUUAAUUGUAUUUUCUUCCCAAACUUAUUGCUGUUAAUGGGCAUGUUUGAAUAUAGUUGUACUUCCUGGGUCUUUCUUUAUUGCUGACCCUGUCAUCUGUUUCAAUUUCCCUUUUACUGCUUGAGUGAGUGUUAAUGCUAAGACUUUUUUUUUUUUUUUUUUACGUGCAAGGGCUAACGUUUUUUGCUAAUUUAAUGAUCUUAUCCAUUGUUUACUAACUUUUAUUAUUUACAAUGAUUUCAGCAAAUGGCAGACUAUGGUUUUAUGCGCAGAGCUGGGAUAGUUGUAGAUUAUAAGAACCAGCCCAGCAUGGGAAUGUCAAGAGGAAUGAAGAGGAAAAUGCAAACUUUUAAGCAGCCUGGUGCUUUUGGCAAAAAAGCAAAACUCUCAAAACCAGGACAGACAAAACCAACUAAAAAUGUUCCACCUCCAGGUAAUAUCAAUGUACAUGUGGUUUAGUGUCUGAAUUUAGUAACCAAUAUGUGUAACAUGCUGUAUGGGAAAUUAAUGUAGCUAGUGUUAACGAUCCACAUUGAGAAGGCUGUAAAAAACAUGCAGUUUCAAGAAUAAAAAUCUUGGUGUAGUGCUCAAACCAAAGUACACAAUUCCAAGGGAACAUAGAGUACUAGUUUAUCACCAGUGACAUGAGUCAACUAGCAGUAUUCCAGGUCCCAAAAGCAAGACUUCAUUAUCAUUCUAGCAGUAGAUGUUUACUCAUGCACAACUUGUGCCUUUUUAAUAUCCCCUUUGUCAUGACUAUCUGGAUAAUGUUACAAUACUAGCUGUACACACUUUUAAUAUCCUGCAAUGAGUUUAUUUUCCUCUAAUUUGUUGUGGGUAGUUCCCUUAUAAAAGGGGAAGAAACAUAAUGUCUCUUCCCUGUGACCACUACUUAUCAAUGUUUUGUUUAAAUGCAGCACCUGUGAAUGAAGAGGAAGAAGAGAAGCGCAGAACAGAAGCAAGACGGGAGAAGCAAAGGCGUAGAAGAGAGAAAAACAGCGAAAAAUAUGGAGAUGGGUACAGGUAGCUUUAUUAUUCUAGUUAGAGCAAAUGUUUUUGGUAAGGUUUAUUUACACCCAUUUUCCAAUUUCAUUCUCUACCCUCUCUUCCAAUUUUUUUUCUUUUAAAUGCGGCUUAUUUUUUUUUAACCCUUUCUAUCACCUCAUGCUGCCCCCUCUUUUUAUAUUUUUUUUUAUUGCGGUGUCUUUUUGAGUGCAAGAAGAACACACAUUUUACUUGUGUAAUGCUUGUUUCUCUUGCACUUAAAAGUGUAACCGGUCAUCCUGAACUGUAUGUAGAAGUUAAAAUGUAAUUCUCGCGUUGGGCUUAUACACGUGACAAAACGGCCUUACUACAGUGUUGAAUGAUAGGGAAUCUGUUUGAAUUGUCACCUAACAUGCUGGUAUAUAGAUCUUUAUAAAAAAAAAUUGCAUUGUAGCUAUACUGUAUUGGGAUGACCAGUUGCAUAUGGGUCAUAUUUGCUAUAUAGUAUGUAUUAAAGGGACACUCAAAGCAUCAUAGCCACCAAUAGUUUGCCACGUGCUCCUCCAUUGUAAGUCUUAACACUUUUUGUAUUGUUAGUGGCACACAGUGGACCUCCAUCUCCUACUUUAAUCUGGCAGUUGAGGGCUUACCUUAAGCGCUAAUCAAAGCUCCUGCUUAGUUUCAUCCCUCUCUUGUGUUGGCAUUUUGCUAUGACAUGCUGGUUUGGGAACCACUUAAAGGAAUGCUCCAGUCCCCCUAGCAUUUUAAGUUGGUGUUUUGAAGGUCCUUGGUGCGUCUCUUACCGGAUCUAAUUAAACCAGUUUUCAAAUCACGUUCUAAGUCGUCCACCCACUUGCACUACUUGGGAGGAUAUUUCCUUUGUAGCUGGUGAGGACUGUGACAUUAAACUGGAAAAGUGGUAUCUGUGUACCAUAACCACAUUAAUACAUUGAUGUGAUUAGAGUGCCUGAAGUGUUCCUUAACUGUGUUGCUUUGGAAAAUUCAACUAAGAACUCGAAAUUGGGCUUUUUGAAUAUGUAGGUUAUUCUGAAUGUAUCAGUCAUUGUUGACAUGCUGUGAUGGCAAUCAUUGCACUAUAGUGAUUUCUAAUUUUGUAAAUGUUACUUAUAAUCAAACCAGCCUACAUUGCUGUGUCAAAAUUUGAACAGUUAGUGUUUAUUAUGUAUGUCUCUUUCAGGAUGGCAUUUACAUGCUCUUUUUGCAAGUUUCGCUCAUUUGAAGAAAAGGGUAUUGAAGAACACUUGGAAAGUCCAUGUCACCAAGAGAUGUUGGAUCACAUCCAGAAACAAACCAAAUUUGAUAAGCCCGUAAUGGAAUUUUUACAUGUAAGUCUUUUCCACAAUUUUCUUCAGGGUUUGGUUUUUGUCAGACUUCCUUUGACAUGAACAUCAAAUGAAGUAAAUUGAUGGCCCUUGUUUGGCACUGGCUUCUGAACUCAUACAUUCUCUGUACUUGAAAGGUUAUAUUAUGUUUCUAGCUAAACGCUGACCACAGCUAGCAUACAUGGAUACUGAACUCUUAAAGGAACACUUUAACGUCAGUUAUACAAACCUGUAUUCCUAGCAAUGUAGUGUUUAACUAUUUAGCCCUUUCUUUUCAGGAAUGUAUUGUUAACAAGUACAAGAAAACAGCAGCUCGGAAAACACAAUCCACCCAACAAAUUGAGGCUGCAAAGACUGCAGAGAAAGACAUUAUGGAAGGUAUGCAUAAACUGGAUUGUUUUUCAUGUUUUGGAACAGAAAACUUUUAUGCAAAGCCACCUGUUUCAAUAAAUCUUUCUGUUCCAAAUAAGUUAAAUUACAAAAAUCAAGACAUGAUAAAAUAUUGUUUAGGGAUAUCUUGGUUGUUGGUUUUUUUGGUUUACUGAUUGCAUGGAAUUUAGUUCAGUGCAGAAAUAUGUACCCACAAGUCUUAUCACAUUGGCUGCAUAUCAUUUUUUUUUCCCACAAACCAGCCUUGGAUGAGCAGUUACACUGACACAGUGGGUAAUGUGCAGGUUUAUGGUUCUUUCACACUAUGGCAAUAGUGUUCCAACUGCUGUUGCUGAUUCAUGCAUUUAGAGCCUAAAGUGGGAAUUCAAAGUGAACUUCAAACUAAUGGUCUGGCCUUUUUAAUUUUUAACCUUUUAUAUUCUCUUUAGUGAACACUGCUCAUAUUCACUGCACAUGAAGUCUUGACUAGAUUCCUUUGGUUUACUUAUUGUAAUCAAAUGUACACUUUUUUUUUUCCCCUACUAGGUGUCACACCUGAGGAUCAUAUGAUGAAAGUUGAAACUGUGCACUGUAGUGCCUGCAGUGUCUAUGUCCCUGCACUUCACAGCUCUGUGCAGCUGCAUCUUAAAUCAACUGAUCAUGCAAAGAACAAAGUGGUGAGUCAUGGAACUUUCCUUGGAUCAAAUGAUUGCUAGGUUUUGUCUAAUCUUCUGAAUAUUGGUUACUACAUUGCUCAAAUAGAAAAACAAAUCAGAAUUUGGUAUAUACCCCAAUGAAAACAUGCAGUUCAUUAUGACCUUUUUACUGGCGUAUCUAAAAUUAGCUUGCAAAAGUUGCAGAUCUCCUGUUUGAAGUAUGUAUUGCUGUCAGGUACAGACUUCCAUAUGCAGUUCAAUGAAGUCUUUGCAGGGCGUUGGCUUCGGUCACCAUUGGACUUUGGAGUGCUAUAAGCAUUCACUUACUGUGUUAUUCCUUCUAAAUUUUCUAAUGCAGUAAGGAUGUCUGUAUACAGUUGAAACACAACCAGAUAAUUUUUGAGUUUGUUGGCCUUGGCUGUUUGUGUGUUUUUUUUUUUUUGUUUUUUUUUUUUUGGGCACAUACCAACUUAACUUCAAUAUAUCAAACAUUUUAAUGCUCUUCUUGCAUCUUCCACUCUUGAUUAAAUUAAUUUCUAAUGUCUUAACUUUUCAGGCUUAUAAGGAUCAAAUUAAGAGGGAAAGUAUUCUGACUGCUACAAGCAUCUUGAAUAAUCCACUUGUGAAGGCCAGAUAUGAACUUUAUUUGAAGGUAACAUUUUUUUUUUAUUUGCACUCUUCACAUAACUUCUAUCUGCAAGUGACUGGUCUGUCAGGAUUACAGAAGCCAGUAGAGCACAUGCAACAAAAGCCCUUACUACUGUGGAAUAUCUAACAAUUGUUUUUUGCUGAUCUGAAAGCAGCCGACAAGGAAAUGACAAAUAUUGCAUUUUAAAACUUGCUUCCGUGAAGUUUGUUUUGAUAUAGUGAUGACUGAGGCUAAGGACUGCUGUGAUGGGAUUUAAUUUUUGGAAGUAAUUUGCUAAAUUGUAUCUUAUUUGUCGUUAUCAAAAGGCAGAAUGUCUAAUUGUGAUGUUUGUUUGGGAUUGGUUAAUCUGUAUUACAGUAAUUUAGCUAUUUUUCUUAAAUAUAGGGUGAAAAUCCAUUUGAAACUCCACAAGAUACAUCUGAAGUUCAGCAAGAAGAGGAGACUGCAGCUGAGCCUGGUCCAUCUGAGGCUGAGGUAGAAGACUUUACUAGUGACCCACAGGUUGCUCUAGAAGAAGAAAAUUAA